AUGAUAGGUAAAUUUUUUUUAGGAUUUGGUUAUGGAUUUCUUGCUGUAUUUAUCAUAUCUAUUAUGUCACUUGGUGGUUUAUUAGUUUUUCCAAUUAUUUAUAGAGUUGCUUUUCAAUAUAUUCUUGCAACAUUUACUGCUCUAGCUGUUGGAACACUCUUUGGUGAUACAAUGUUUCAUUUAAUUCCAUUUACAAUCGGUCUUCAUAGUCAUGAAUCGGAUGGACAUGGCCAUGGACAUGGACAUGCACAUGAAGUCGCUGAUAAUUUAUCAAUUUCUGUUCCUGUUUAUCAAUGGAGAAUGCUCCUUGCUGUGAUGAUUCUUUAUGGAUUUUAUUUACUCGAAGUAGUGCUUCAUUGGAUUACUCAUUUUCGCCAGGAUGAAAAUUCCACUCAUUCUCAUGCUCAUGGUCAUAGUCAUACAAUGCAACUUCAAGAAAAGUCUAAAACUGAUCAAAUCAAUAAUCAUGCAACAGUAAAUAUUGAUGAAAACUUAGCACAUGAUCACCAUUCGCAUAAUCAUGUUCAUCAUCAUAACUAUAAUGAAAGAGAUCCAACAUUGUCAUGUGUUACUAGAAAUUGUUCUUAUUAUCAUGACAUGCAACAAGCAUCGGCAUCACAAGCAAAAGUCAAUGGUAACGACAAUAAGUCAGACCCUCAAAAUUCAUCCAAAGUUACACGAGUUACUGGUUGGAUGAUAAUUUUUGGUGAUGGUAUUCACAAUUUUGCUGAUGGUUUAGCAAUUGGAGCUGCUUUUAGUGAACGUCUUAUGUUAGGUUUUACAACAACAAUUGCAAUCGUUUGUCAUGAAUUACCUCAUGAAUUUGGAGAUUAUGCAGUAUUGAUUCAAUCGGGUUUUUCUCAUGGUCGAGCAAUAUUUUGGAAUUUUAUUUCGGCAACUACUGCCUUCAUUGGAUUUUUUGUUGGCGCAGCUGUAUCAACGAAUGAAAGUGUUCGUCAAUGGAUAUUUGCUGUGACAAUUGGCAUGUUUCUUUAUAUUGCAUUAGCUGAUCUCUUACCUACGUUAAUAUCUGAUCGAAAUUUUCAAUUCCGACGUUUCAUUUGUGUAAAUAUGGGAUUUUUAAUUGGUGUUGCAAUUAUGUUUUUAUUGGCAGUAUUCGAAGAUAAAAUAGUUGGAUUAGGAUCAUAA